AUGGAGUCGUUCAAAGCCGAGCAUUACAACCCGUCGUCUACUCCUCGAAUUGAUCUUCCGCCUACGGUAUUGGUAGACGAUACUGAUUCUGGGAGUGCGGGGGAACCUGACAAUCAGACGCGGCAACUCGAAUCACGCCUUCUCGCGCCUUCGGCGGCUAUGACGUCUGAAACCCAACCAGUAGAUAUUACCUCUACUGGUGUUCCCCAUAACCCAUUCAAUUUCCAAACUCAGGUGAUAUCUACGUCGCCUGUUAAAUCGGUAUCCCGCGCCUCCUGUGCCCCCAUUCUACUUUGCAAAGUAAAUAUUGGCCAGCGUCGUGGCCACAGGUAUAAGCAUAGCAGUAUCUCAGCACAACAUCAAAUAUUCCAAGAACCGCCGCCGAGACCGCCUCCUGUUCUCCCAGCUUCGUUACCCAUACCGACACUAGUAGAAGCAUGGAAGAGUAUGCACAAAGAACAACGCACGAGACUUUAUUGGAGCAUGUGCCAUCUGGCAGUCGCCACCUUUAUCUUCUUCAGAUCUGAAGGAUCGCUUUCUGCAAUGGCUUUAUCUCACUUGGUCUUCUUUGACGCUGGCAGCGCUGCUGUAUGUGUUGCGGUGGAAGUAUUAGGAAAUUUUGAAGUUUGGCGACGCAGUAGCAUUCGCCAUCCCUUUGGGCUAGAGAGAGUCGAAGUACUCGCUGGAUUCGCCAUGUCCAUAUUCCUCCUCUUUGGAGGGUUUGAUCUCGUCUCGCACAAUCUGAAGCAUUUCCUGGAGACUUUGGGAAAUCACGAGGCACACCACGAGCAUGGCCAUGACCGCAUAUCUGCAACUUCUAUUGAUCUUGUAGCGGCCGUUGCUAUCAUCAGCACACUAGUCUCUGCAUAUGGGCUGAAAAACCACUCGCGCAUUGCAAAGGUCAUGAGGGUCUCGUACUUGGCCGCACUUCCAAGCGUUCUGUCCAACCCGUUUCACUUUCUGACGCUCCUUUUUUCCAUCAUUGUUGCGCUUCUGCCGCUACUCUCGAUUUAUCUCUAUACUUGGUUGGAUAGACUGAUCUGCGCCGCCAUUGCGGUUGCCAUGUUCGGCCUUGGCAUGCGAGUGGUAAUUGCCCAAGGCCUGAUGUUGUUGAUGUCGUAUGGUGGAACCAACGGCAACUCUGGAGUCACGGCCGUGUUGAGGGAAAUUGAGUCAGACACUACGAUAACCCGAGUUGAGGAGUCCCAAUUCUGGCAGGUUCACUACGGUCUUUGCAUGGCUAAUCUAAAGGUGAGCGUUGUGAGGGGUUGCGAUGAGGUAGCAGUUAGCAAGUUGCGGAACCGAGUAUCAUCAUUGAUCCAAAACAGGCUUGGAGAAGGAUACGGCGUGGGCGGGAAUACACGAUGGGAGGUUACGUUGCAAAUUCACCCUGAUGCAAGCUCUUCAGUAGUCCUGUAA